AUUAAUUUAUUUAAAAUACUGUAAUUGUGAUAACUUCACCGUGGGGUUUAUCACAACUUUGAAUAUCGCGGAUAGAAGUAAAGCUCAGGGCAGAAAAAUAGCAGGGGCCAUGAAACUGGCCAUUGAUCAUGUAAAUAGCAAUCCCAGUGUAUUAACUAAUCAUACCCUGCAUUUUUUAUUCGGAGAUAAUUUGGAUGAUCCCUUUGUUAGUAUCAGUGUUGAAACGGAGCAAUGGAAAAAGGGUGCCAUCGCCUUUUUCGGCCCGGAAGAUUACUGUGAAAUUGAAGCCAGUGUAGCAGCAGCAUGGAACCUACCAAUGAUAUCCUACAAAUGUGAUGAUCCCGUUGUUUCGGAUAAGGUGAGAUUCCCAACAUUCGCCCGAACUCAACCCCCAAGUACCUUAUCAGCAAAAUCUGUGAUAGCUUUAAUGCAACAUUAUAAAUGGAAUAAAUUUACUAUAGUCGUAGAAAGAAGAGACCUUAUGAUUCGUGCAGCUGAAAAACUGAAGGCGUUGGCCGAGUUCAACAAUAUGACAGUUAAUGCUUUGGUCAAUUUCACCGGUCCUUACGGUUCUUUUGAAAAUUUUAAUGAAAUCCAGUCUCUAGUGAUGAAGACGUACCUUCAAACUCGAGUGUAUGUAAUGUAUUCGUAUCCAGCAGCUUUUAUAGAUUUUGUGAGAUUUGUACAGAAAUUGGGUUUAACAGAUACCGGAGAAUAUGUUAUUAUUGGUAUCAGAGAUGAUGAAGUCUAUGACGUGGCUGGUAAUAACAAUCUCAUGUUUCAAGAUGUGGAAUUCGUUCAAGAUCGGUCGAAUUCAUCAGUUCAGGCAUUCCGUCCAGUGCUACAACUAAUGUCAAGUCCCCCAACUAAUCCAAAUUAUACAGAAUGGAAAAACGAAGUUAGAAGUUUGUUAUAUAAACCACCAGUUAGUCUACCCCCACCAAGCACCAUUGAAAUAAUAUUGGGUAUUCAAGUUGAGAUUGAUAUAUUUGCUGCAUACUUAUACGAUGCUGUGAUGGUUUAUGCUCGGGCUUUAGAUGAAGUGUUGCAAGCUGGGGGAAAUCCGUAUGAUGGUCGAGCUAUUGUCAACAAAAUAAACGACAGAACAUUUCAAAGCAUAAUGGGGAUACUGGGAUACAUAGAUGAAAAUGGCGAUGCGGAAGCUAAUUAUACAGUAUUAGCAUUAGAACCAGAUAACAGUAAAUUUGGCUAUGGUUUAAAACCUGUUGGUAGAUUUCUCAGACAUCCCGAUAAAAAUAUAGACGUGGCUUAUAAUAAAGAUAUAGAAAUAUUUGGUGGCAUUAUACCUAAAGAUGAACCGGCUUGUGGCUACGAUGGGGCUAAAUGUAAAAAAAACCCUAGUUAUGUUGGUUAUAUUGUGGGUGCUACAUUAGGAGGACUUUUACUUAUAGCUAUUGUUGUAUUAGUAAUUGUUUACAGUUCUAAAUUAACACAAAUAUUCAGCAAUUAG